CCAUUCCGGUCAUUUUCUCUAAACCCCCAACUGUUUUGGAAUCGGGUAGUUAAUUUUUGUUGACGAGAUAUGGAAGCCACCCAAUUGCAAUGGGCAGCGUCGCCGAAGCUCGGUGCGGGGAUUGAAACGUCGUCGUGUUACUCCAAGUUGGGUUUCGUGAAGUUCGGCGGUGGCGGUGGUGUAAAUAGUGUGAAGACGAGGGGUACGUUUGUGAUCAAGGCUAUGGAGUUGGAGGGUUCUAGAACCAUGAAUUUGAAUGGGCAAGCUGCUGGGACUAGUUCAGAUAAAAAUGGGAGCUUGUUGUCUUCGAUUGGGAAUUCUACCAACAUUCAGUGGCACCAGUGCUCGGUGAAGAAAGCCGAUAGGGAGAAUUUGCUUAAGCAGAAAGGCUGUGUUAUAUGGAUCACUGGGCUCAGUGGAUCAGGGAAGAGCACUGUGGCGUGUGCGUUGAAUGGGAGCUUGUACAGCAGGGGGAAGCUGGCUUAUGUUCUAGAUGGGGACAAUGUCAGGCAUGGCUUGAACCGUGACCUUAGUUUUAAAGCAGAAGAUCGUGCGGAGAACAUAAGGAGGAUUGGGGAGGUGGCGAAGCUGUUUGCCGAUGCUGGAGUCAUUUGUAUUGCUAGCUUGAUUUCUCCGUAUAGAAGGGAUCGCGAUGCCUGCCGUGCAUUAUUACCUCCCGGAGAGUUUAUUGAGGUGUUCAUGGACAUUCCACUCGAUGUUUGUGAGGCCAGAGACCCCAAGGGAUUGUAUAAGCUUGCACGUGCAGGGAAGAUCAAAGGUUUUACUGGGAUUGAUGAUCCGUAUGAGUCACCACUGAAUUGUGAGAUAGCAUUAAGGCAUAAAGGAGGAGAAUGUGUAUCCCCUUGCGAGAUGGCUGCAGAAGUGAUUUCUUACUUAGAAGAGAAGGGGUUCCUCCAGGGUUAACGAGUUUCUGGUAUGCGUCCUUUUUAGCCAUUACAACUACGAUCUAUGCAGCAUGCUUCUUGCUUGGACAUGACUUGCUUGAUUGGAUGUCAUGCAUUUGUGCCUUUCCACACCUGUGAGAACUGUUGCAGUAUCAACCCACGCCACCGACAGCAUUAACUUGGUUAAUUGAUGAAUCCAUCCAUCUUUAUUUUGCUUUCCAUUCUUCGUUCAUCUAGCAAGUAGCCCUAUAUAUUGUUAUAAUAUUAGAAACCACAAUUUCCUCACUGUAUAUAAUAAACCGGAGAAGUUUGUAUUCAGGGAUUAUUAGUAGUUCCUAUAUCUUUUCUGGAAUCUCUGUAUGUUCAAGAA